AUGGAGACCGCCAGGGACUACGCGGGAGCCCUUAUCAGGCGAGUGCUGCCCAUGUACACCUAUGCCCGGGGUCACCCUUCUUCCUGUGUACUCAGGUCGUCUCUAUUUCCUCUGCCCCCGGGUCCUGCGCCCCAAGUCACCAUCUCCCUGCGCGUUCCCGUGAACCCCGAGCUCCUCCUUCUUCUCACACCCUAUCAUCCACCCCCGGUCUCCGCUCUCUCGACCAUGGUCCCCUUGCCAGUCCGCACCGCCGGGCCUGCCCACACCCACGCCAGCCAGCGCCAACCGGCUCAACAACCCCGAGGUUCCUCCUGUAAAGGGACGCAGCCAAACCCUCGUCUAAAGGAUGGUUCUCCUCUGUGCCUGCUCCAUAGGCCCCUGACAUUCAUGGGGUUGCAGACUAAGAAAGCCCUGCUGACACCCCUCAUGCAUCCAGCUCGCCCUUUUCGAGUCUCAAACCACGACCGAAGCAGCCGGCGUGGGGUGAUGGCCAGCACCCUGCAGGAGCUUAUCAACAAGACUCUGGAUAUCCUGGCUAUCACAGCUGGCCUGGUCACGCUGGUGCUGGAGGAGGAUGGUACCGUGGUGGACACGGAGGAGUUCUUUCAGACCUUGAGGAACAACACACAUUUCAUGAUCUUGGAAAAGGGACAGAAAUGGACACCGGGCACUAAGUAUGUCCCAGUCUGCCAGCAACCAAAGAAAUCGGGAAUAGCCAGAGUUACCUUCGACCUGUACCGACUGAAUCCCAAAGACUUCCUUGGCUGCCUCAAUGUCAAGGCCACCAUGUAUGAGAUGUACUCAGUGUCCUACGACAUCCGAUGCACAAGCGUCAAGGCCAUGUUAAGAAGUCUGUUGCGGUUUAUGUCCUAUGCAGCUCAGGUGGUAGGACAGUUCCUGGUCUACGCAGGCGCAUACAUGCUCCGAGCACUGGGCGAUACAGAGGAGCAGCCAUCCCCCAAGCCUAGCACCAAGGGCUGGUUCAUGUGAUCAGGUCAACCUACGGAGGCCCAGAGGGCCCACCUUACAUGUGAAUUCACUACCUUCGCGUAGAGGCUGUGGGAUGCCAUGGGAA